AUGGGUAUCUCACGCGACUCUCGUCACAAGCGAUCCGCCUCCGGUGCGAAGCGCGCCUACUACCGGAAGAAGCGCGUUUUCGAGUCCGGCCGCCAGGAGGCCAACACCCGUAUCGGCCCCAAGCGUGUCCACACCGUCCGCACCCGUGGCGGCAACCACAAGUACCGUGCCCUGCGUCUCGACAGCGGUAACUUUGCCUGGGCCUCCGAGGGCUGCACCCGCAAGACCCGUAUCAUCGUUGUCGCCUACCACCCUUCCAACAACGAGCUGGUCCGCACCAACACCCUGACCAAGUCCGCCGUCGUCCAGAUCGAUGCCGCCCCCUUCCGUCAGUGGUAUGAGGCCCACUACGGCCAGCCCAUCGGCCGUCGUCGCCAGCAGAAGCAGGGCAAGGAGGAGGAGCAGGUCAAGAAGAGCAGCUCCGUCGAGAAGAAGCAGGCUGCCCGCUUCCAGGCCCAGGGCAAGGUCGACCCCGCCCUGGAGAAGCAGUUCGAGGCCGGUCGUGUGUUCGCCGUCAUCGCCUCGCGCCCCGGCCAGAGCGGUCGCUGCGACGGUUACAUCCUCGAGGGUGAGGAGCUGGCUUUCUACCAGCGCAAGCUGCACAAGUAG